UCCCGCCACGCGCCACAGGCGCCGUGACGUAUAGCAAAUAUCUACGUCAGGAUGAGCUAUGACUGAUUCGUGAAUGAAUUGUUCUUUUGAGUCGGAUCUUUUCAAGGAAUCGGUUGAGCUGGAGCGUACAACCGGUGUGAAUGAUUUAAAGUAUUUAGUAGAUUUGGCAUAUGAUAAAUUAAAUUACAGAAUGGACUCUUAUAAAUAAAGCAAACAAAAAGCCUAUUGUAGCCUUAGAGCUUAAUGGGACUGAGUAGUGACUUGGGUUUUGACAAAAAUAAUGGCAGUUUUUGAAUCGUUCAAAAGAACCGAUUUGUGAAAUUGAAUCGAACCAGCCAUGCGUAGAUUGCGUACUAACUUCCGGCUAAUCAAGUGACUUGCAGAGAUAGCGGUGUCAGUGCUUUCACCCCAAAGUAGCAAAUUAGGCGCCUAUUUGAAAACGCAAGAGGAGUGACAGUUUGUGAUUGACCCUGGGCGUAAAGCAUGAACAUCAUAUAACCUCACGACGUUGAUAACAGGAUCUCUAUAGCUGCGCAAUGCUCGCUUUUGGCUUAACAAUAGUUCGACAUGGUGAGACGCAGUGCAACAAAGAUGGCCUUUUACAAGGUCAGAAAAUAGACUCUCCACUUUCUGAAAUUGGGAUACAGCAGUCUGAGGCUGCUGGUCAGUACCUCAGGGAUGUAAAAUUCACAAAUGUGUUCGUCAGUGACAUGAAACGUGCCAAGCAGACCGCAGAGAUCAUUGCGAGGAACAACAGAACCUGUCCUGAUAUAGAGCUAGUAUCUGAUCCAUCACUUAAAGAGAGAAGUUUUGGUAUAGCUGAGGGAGGACGAGUUAUAGAAAUGAAAAACAUGGCUAAAGCAGCCGGACAGCCUCUGCCAGAGUUCACUCCGCCUGAGGGAGAGACCAUGGAGCAGGUAAAAGUGCGAAUCAAGGGUUUUCUCAAGACUAUGUUCCACCGAAUAGCUAAUGAACAUCAAGACAAAAUACAAGAUGGUGAAACAUCCCUAGCAGAUGAAACUGACAGGGCUCAAGCAGGACUUCCAGAUGAUGGAGUCUUGAAUGUGCCUGUCCAUGCCCUGGUGGUUGGCCAUGGGGCUUAUAUGAGCAUAGCUAUGAAGUAUUUCUUUGAGGACCUGAAGUGCCCCGUGCCCCAUGGUUUAGACCCUUCUCAGAGGUAUUCCAUCUGCCCCAACACCGGAAUGUGCCGAUUUCUUAUCACUUUGAAAUGUAAUAAUGUAGACCCUGCACUUUCAGAUGUGAAAUGUGUGUUCAUUAACAGAAGAGAUCACAUCAAGGCUUCGAUUUAGAUUAAGAACAACAGUUUUAACAUUUAUAAGAUAAAACGUAAGAAAUCAACAAAAUGUUUACAUGGUACGCAAAAAAAAAAGAAGUCCUACUGUAUUCAAGCACUUUAACCAAAAUACAGAAUUUUGUGAUAGACAAAACUUGUCAACUUUUUAAAAGACAAUAUUUUAAACCAAUAUCUGAAGGAUUUCAGUUAUAUAUAUAUAUAUAUAUAUAUAUAUAUAAACUUAUCAGUCCUAUAUUAUAUUAUUUUAUAUGUGUGUUUACCAUUUAGACACUGACAGUAUUAAAUAUUGACUCUUAAAACUAUUUAAUAUUCUGUAAGGGAGUGUUUGUGUAAGUUAUUGAUUUCAUUUUGAAUGCUAUGAAAGUAUACAUUUAAAUUAAAUAAAUAUAUUCUCCAUCCA